CAGACCCACAGCUGCUGGCCCAGUUCUACUAUGCUGAUGAGGAGCUGAACCAGGUGGCUGCAGAGCUGGACAGCCUGGAUGGGCGGAAGGAGCCCCAGCGGUGCACACUGCUCGUCAGCCAGUUCCGCUCCUGCCAGGACAAUGUGUUAAACAUCAUUAAUCAGAUCAUGGAGGAGUGUAUCCCUCAAGACCGUGCCCCUCGGGACUUCUGCGUCAAGUUUCCUGAGGAGAUCCGGCAUGACAACUUGGCUGGCCAAUUGUGGUUCGGGGCUGAGUGCUUGGCAGCCGGCUCCAUCAUCAUGAAUCGUGAGCUCGAGAGCAUGGCUAUGCGGCCACUGGCCAAGGAACUGACGCGCAGCCUGGAGGAUGUGCGGGGCACUCUCCGUGACCAGGCACUACGAGACCUCAACACCUAUACGGAAAAGAUGCGAGAAGCGCUGAGGCAUUUUGAUGUUCUGUUUGCCGAGUUCGAGCUGAGCUAUGUCUCAGCCAUGGUGCCUGUGAAGUCCCCCAGAGAGUACUACGUGCAGCAGGAGGUCAUCGUUCUGUUCUGCGAGACAGUGGAGAGAGCCUUGGAUUUCGGCUAUCUGACCCAGGACAUGAUCGACGACUACGAACCUGCCCUCAUGUUCACCAUUCCUCGGCUGGCCAUUGUGUGUGGCCUUGUGGUCUAUGCAGAUGGACCCCUGAACUUGGACCGAAAGGCGGAGGAUAUGUCCGAGCUGUUCCGGCCCUUCCACACGUUGCUGCGGAAAAUAAGGGAUCUGCUGCAGGCACUGACUGAGGAAGAGCUGCACACACUGGAGCGGAGCCUCUGUGUUUCUCAGGAUGUAGAGCUCCCCAUCCGGGCAGAUGCCCAGGCACCCAGUGCCCUGGCACCAACUUUUUCUGCCUCCCUUCCCCCUGAGGAGCCACUUUCAGCCGGUGCCAGCAACCCAGAGGAAGAACUGGCCUGCUCAAUGCAGUAUGAUGAUCAGGAGUUGGAGGAGCUUAGCCGCAUGGUCCACAGAGCUGGAGAUGAGAUGUCAUCUCUGCUUUCACCGCCCAGUGCCUGCCAGUCCCCAGCACAUAGGCCAGGCACAGAGGCCAGCCCCCGAGGGGAAGCCUCUCCAGCCAGAGCCCGGCUGAAAUCAGGUAGUGAUGAGGAGGAAAGGGUAUUCUUCAUGGAUGAUGUGGAGGUGACAGAGUCUCCUGCCAGGUCGGAAUCCCCAGGGGGUACAUUAGAGUUGACAGGUGACGUGGAGGGCAAUGUUCAGCAGAGAGGACAGGAUAGCCAGAGUGGAGAGGUGGGGGUGGGUGCACCUUCCUUGGUAGAGGAGGAAGACCGGAGCAACAACAACAUCGAGGACGACAAAAUAAAGCUGGCCAACCUUGUGGGCUCCACUUCCUGCAGCUGCCUGGACUCACAGCUGUACCUGGACGGCUGGGAGGUGAGCGCAGAUGACGCUGAGACCGCCGAGAUGAUUGCACAUCGGACCGGGGGCAUGAAACUCUCGGCCACAGUCAUCUUCAAUCCCAAGUCUCCCACCUCCUUGGACUCAGCCGUGGCAUCUCAAGAAGCCACAGGCCACGGUAUUACCCCAUUGGAGCCCAGGGCAGAGGGGACAGCAGACAGUUCACACAAACUCGGCACUGCAGCCACCAACUGCCUCCUCCACUCCUGUGUGUGCUGUGGGAGCUGUGGGGACAGCAGGGAGGAUGCAGUGGAGCACCUGCGGGAGAAAUGUGGUCCAGGGAGCAUCAUUAGUGCCUCUAACCCUUCUGUAAGCCUAGCCAAGGCUGGGGACAAAGAGCCUGAGAGACUAGAUGAGGUCUGGCCUUCCCCUGAUGUCACCCUGCCUGCAGAAGAUGCCUCCAGUGGGCAGGAGCCCAAAGCCCCUGCUUCCAACAAGUGCCUGGCACAUACCUCAGGGCCUCAGGUGGACACAGCAAGCAGGUUGCAAGGAGAGGGUGAGGUCAAAGGCCCGUCUGAGUCAGAGACCAGAAAUCAGGACCCUGAGAAGCCCUCUGUGGCCUUGGGUGACAGUGCAAGAGAAGACAUGGCCCAGACAGAACCCCAACUCCUGUCGGACACCAGUCUCCAGACCAGAAGUCUAAAAUUUGCCAGAGCUGUUCUCCCUCCUGAAGCACCAGAGGAGCCCUUCUCGCCUCUUCCAACUCCAGGGAGCUCCAGCUCCACAGCUGGCUCCGGCUCCUUAGACAGCACCAGACUGGAGGUGGCCCCUGCGGUCAUGCCUCUCACCCCCAUGGCCACCAGAGAGAAGAUUCGGUCCAGGUUCCAUGGCAGCCAUGACCUGAUCCACCGCCUGUUUGUCUGCAUUUCAGGUGUGGCUGACCAGCUGCAGACAAACUACGCCAGCGACCUGAGAAGCAUUCUCAAAACACUGUUUGAGGUCAUGGCCACCAAGCCUGAAACCGACGACAAGGAGAAGCUAAAGAAGGUAACCCAGACCCUACGGAGUGCAGCCUUGGAGGACUGUGCAUUAUGCCAGGAGACUGUGUCAUCCUCAGAACUGGCAGCCAAGACUCGAGAUGGGGAUUUUGAAGACCCUCCUGAAUGGGUGCCAGAUGAGGCCUGUGGCUUCUGCACCUCCUGCAAAGCGCCCUUCACCGUCAUCCGCAGGAAACACCACUGCCGCAGCUGUGGGAAGAUCUUCUGUUCCCGCUGCUCGUCACACUCGGCACCACUUCCGCGCUACGGACAAGUGAAGCCAGUCCGUGUGUGCACACACUGCUACAUGUUCCACGUCACACCCUUCUAUAGCGACAAGACGGGCAUGUGAUGCUGUGCCUGGCGUGUCCCAGCCCUGAGUGGGCUGGAGACUCCAGGACAGAGGCACUGUGUCUGCCUUGAGUCCUGGCAAGGGUCUCUGGGGUGGAGGUGCUUUGCCUGCUGUGUGCCCUGUCCAGGCUGUGCUGCAGCAGGGCCCCAUUGCAUCUCAUCAAGCUGCUACUGCUGCAGACCUGCCUGGGUUUCCAAAACUGUCCAGAGCCUCUUGUGGAGACACCCAUCCUGGCAUGGGAUCCAGGGAUGCUAGCCAGGCAGGGUUGAACUCUCUUCUCUUGCCCGUCCAAUGGCGUUUUUGCUCCCGUUGUGCAUAGUAAGGCAGCAGAGGGCCAGUUCUGUAUGUUCUGUUCUGUAGCUGAAACCCUGGAAGCAGAAGCCAGGAGAUGCUAGCCCCCUAACAUCAUAGCAGGACUCCCCACUGUUUACCACCCACCUCAUUCCCUAGCGCUCACCACCUGCCUCGGGACCCUGCCCAACAACAUGCAUCUCAUUUCUAUUUGAAGGGGGAAUGUAAGAAGCAAACACAGUGGUCUCCUGGGGAAGCAGGCAUGCCCUUGGCAUCUCUACCAUGGCCACCUGCUGGCAGAACAGGGCCUGACCACCCGCUGAUAGCGUAGGCUGAGCUCUCAGGUGUUUGGGACUGGACUCAUCAGGUAGCCGCCACUUGGCUAACAGUUCCUUCUUCCUCUGCACCUACCGGGACUCGGGACUCUCGGGACUCUAACCCACUUCCUCAGACCUCAGUGCGGCCUGGACAGGCUGAGACGCACAGACACCUCCUCAGGCUUCAAUCUCAGGCUUCACGUUGCAAUGAUGAUUACAGUUUUAUUUUUAGAGAGAUGACACACCUACUGCUUCUUUUAUAGGAUGAAAUCCAAUCGCUGUUCAGCAGUGGAAUACACAUGCACAAAAAUGGCUUCUGUGCGGGGGUGGGGGAGAGUAUAUAACAGAGGGAAUAUUAUCUAUUGAGAUUAUUUUUAUUUUCUAAAUGCUGUAAUUCGAAACCAUUUCCAUAAAUCUAUUUAAGGAUUGCA